GUAGAGCACGCAAGCAGCGGUAGAGCUGUGUGCCAGCAGGCGUCUUGCAAGCGGCACGGCAUCAAGAUUGCGACCGGUGAGUUGCGUAUCGGUACGCAUAAGCUCUUCGAUAGAGAUGGUGAAUCAAGGUGGUAUUAUGCGUGGCGUCACUGGGGUUGCGCAACCACGCAACAGAUCAAAGGCCUGAAGGAGACGACCAACAACGACCCCACCAAUGCACCCGGUUACGACCGCAUUAGCACCGAGAGUCAAGAACAAGUUCGGCUGGCAUUCGAGAACGGUGGACCUGUCGAUAAGGAGUUCAAGGGUAUCCGUGGAGAUCUAGCCAAGGCGGCGCCGCGCUAUGCGCAAGAGUAUCUCAAUGCUGAUGGGUACCAAGUCGAUGUCCCAACGCGAGCUGCCGCAUGCCGCGGUGCAGAUUGCCUAUCUAAGGGUAUCAAGGUCACCAAAGGCGAGCUGAGAUUUGGUAUCUCCGUCCCAUUCGAUGGCGAGCAUGGAUCUUGGGUCUACAAGCACUGGAAAUGCAUGUCCCCGUACGACCUCAAAUCUGCAAAAGAGCACUACGAGCAGGACUCAUUCGGAGGCCUUGAAAAUAUUCGAGCCGAGUACAAGCAGGUCGUGGAGCAGACUUUCAAGGAGGGCAAGAUUGUCGAACCGCCUACGUUGCAGUCAGAAGCGCCUGCGGCUAAACCAAGGAAGCCCCGAACGAAA